AUGUUAGAAAAUGGGGAGAUCUUAAUGGUUCUGAUAACUAGUGAAUUUCUAUUGGGCGUUCUGCUGAAUGGAUUUAUAGUAGUGGUGAACUGCACCGACUGGAUCAGGCGCAAGAAACUGUUAACAAGUGAUCUCAUCCUGGUUGGCCUGGCUAUCUCCAGAAUUGGACUAUUAUGCACGAUGAUGUGGACUGCCUAUUUAUUUGUAAAUGGUCUUUAUGCAGUCAUCGCAGAUAGAGUCAGAGUAAUUGACGUCUUCUUGGUGCUGACACACAGUUCAAGUAUUUGGUUUGCCACUGUCCUCAGCAUCUUCUACUUCCUAAAGAUUGCUAACUUCUCUAAUCCCUUCUUCCUCUGGAUGAAAUGGAGAAUUAACAGGAUCAUCUACAUGCUUCUUGGAGGACCCUUGGUAAUUUCUUUUGCCUUUUGCUUUCCAAUGAUGGAGAGAAUGUAUUACUAUGCUGACCACUUUUCAAGAGAAAGACAGAGAAAUGUUUCUCAGGAGGUCCAAGAGAAUAAAAAUAAGCUCAUCAUGUUCCAGAUUCUCUUCACCUUGCUGGGUCUUAUCCCUUUUGCUCUGACUCUAGUCUCAUUAUCCUUAUUCAUUCUCUCCCUAUGGAGGCAUACCCAGCAGAUGCAACUGAAUGCCACUGGUUCCAGGGACCCUAAUACAGAGGCCCAUGUUCGAGCCAUGAAAACUAUGUCUUCGUUCCUCAUUCUCUUUUUAUUGUACCAUAUAGGUUUUCUUCUCAACUACUGGACUUACUUACUGGGUACGAGCAAGAUGUUUUCCUUAUUGAGUAUAUCAAUCAUGUUUCUCUAUCCCUUUGGCCACUCACUGAUCCUGAUUCUGUGGAAUAGCAAGCUAAGGAAGGCUGUCCUGAAGUUGUGGUGGAAGAUAAGGUGCUACCAGCAAGGAAGUCAUCCUCAAGUCCUGUGGACAAUUUGGCAUUUUCUGAGGGGACUGACGUCACGAUGGAGUCCUUAA